UCGAUUGUUCGAAGUGAUGAUUAAAAUCGAUGAUCGGUGCAGUUGUACAUCACUAACGCCGCCGCUAUUUUGUGUUGUCAAUUAUUCUCUUGGUUAUAAUUAUUUUCACCUGAGUUCGCUAUACAAACUCCUUUGGGCAACUCAUAGAAAAGGUUGCAACAGCGUACACCGCAUGCUGAAUAUAAAAACACACCAACAACAAAAACAACAUGAAUCCCUGCGCUGUGCCCACAGCCGUGCCCGAUGUUGACGGCGACAAGCGCUGGCAGAGCAUACAUCGCCGAUUUAUAUCCGAUUGCCGCGAAAAGGAUCCGGACGUGAUAUUCCUCGGCGAUUGCAUAUUCGAAACGCUGCAGGACACCGACACCUGGAACCAGUACUUCGCACCGCUGCACUGCCUCAACUUUAGUAUACGGGACGAUCGCACCGAACAUGUGCUGUGGCGCAUCGAGAACGGCGCCCUCGACAAUGUCAAUCCCAAAAUAGUUGUUCUCCACGUCGGCACCAAUAACGUGAGCAACAGCGCCGCCGAAGUCGCCGAGGGUCUGCUCGCCAAUGUCACAAAGAUACGCGAAAAACUACCCGGCGCGUACAUUCUGCUGCCGUCAUUACUACCACGGGGCCAGCAACCGAAUGCGCUGCGCGAUAAAAAUGCGGAGAUCAAUGAAUUAGUCAAGGAGCAGACAAAGGGAUUGGAUCGCGUGCAAACUGUUGCCAUCGACAAGGGGCUGGUGCAGCCAGACGGCAGCAUCAGCCAUCAUGAUAUGUUCGACUAUAAGAGUCUCACCAAUACCGGCGCCAAAAAGAUUCUCGAGCCAUUGCACGAUUUGCUAUCGCAAAUACUCAAUGAAAACGAACUGGAACGCGAUCUCACUCCAUCCGAAUAGUUCACUCAAAAUGCAAAAAGAAA